CAAGAUCCACUUCCUGUUUUUACCGCCCGUGGGGAACGUUAACAGAGAACGACUGUUUUGUGUUGUAGCUUAAAAAUCAUGAAUAUUCUGUGUAGAUCCAGGAUAUUGGUAUCUUCAGUUUGCCGGAAAAGUAGUUUAAUAGAUCAGUCGGCUGUUCCUAGGUGCACGAGUUUGAUAUUCAAAGCCCGGUGCCACAGACUUGCUGUUAAUUUAUCCUCAUGUCAACAACGGUGGCGUUACGGAGCGCGUCUCAAGUGUCCCUUUGAGUCAAAACGAUGCUACACAGACAGAGGUGAGGGCAGAUUCACAGAAAGACCGGAGAACUUAGAGGACGAAACCGAGGAGGUGGAAGAUAACAGGAGUAACUCUAACUCCCAGAACCAGGGAUUUUGCGAGGUGUUCACUCUCGACGUUCUGAUCUCUCUUCUGCGUCAAGAAAAUGCUGUGGACCUGUGUGUGAUUAAAGUGCCGGAUCAUAUUCAAUAUGCAGAUUACUUCAUUGUGGUCAGUGGUGUGUCACCAAGACAUCUCCGUGCCAUGGCUCUUUAUGCUAUCAAAGUGUUCAAGUUUAUGAGGAACCAUGGAGAGCCACAUGUCAAGAUUGAAGGCAAAGAUGCAGAGGACUGGAUGUGUGUUGACUUUGGUAAAAUGGUUGUUCACUUCAUGUUGCCUGACACCAGAGAAGUGUAUGAACUGGAGAAACUGUGGACUUUGCGUACCUAUGACGAGCAGCUGAAGAAAAUUCCUGCAGAGACGCUGCCUGAAGACUUUAUAUUUGAUGCCAGCGAAUUUACAAAAUGACUGUAUAUUUAAACAGAGCCAGAAGUCAACUAAUUCAUUACAAUUUUUAGCUGACCUUUUCAGUGAUUAGUUGGUUCAUGUGCUUUUGUAUUAAAUAAAAAAAAAUUAACAAGA